AUGGGGUUUCCCCGCGAGAGUUCGAAUCUCUCAGGCGACGAUGCAUCAGGAGCUGCUAAUGCUAGGAUGUCAGCACAUGAGACAGUUCCAGGUCACAUGGCCUCUAUUUGGGAUUUUGCAUCAUCAAUCACUUCAAAACCUUUGCAUUCUUCUCUGCAGAAGACUCUGCAAUCAAAAUUGAUUCAUCGCAUCCCUGUGGGAGAGUGA